AUGAACCGCCCUCAAGCCACCCUCAGCAGAGAUGAAGUGCCAUUGCUGUUCCACGAGCCACAUGUGAAAACUGGUUUCAGGCCAUUGCACCAGCCCUGGUCCAGCUACUGCCUCAGUAUCUUUCAGUUGCACAAUGAGAUGAUGAACACAUGGACCCAUUUGAUAGCCUUGUUUAUGGUCCUGGUGUGGACCACAGUUUUGUGGGGCGAAUUCCAGCUGAUCACCGAUCCUUACAUGUGGCCCAUGGCCGUGGGCAUUGUCACCAUGAUCAUCUUGUACAUCUCCAGUACUUGUGCUCAUUGCUUCCAGAACAGGUCUGAGUUGGUGCAUUAUACAUGUUUUAUGAUAGACUACGCUGGAAUUGGCUUGUAUGGGUUUGGUAGCAACAUGGUGCACUGGUGGUACUGCCUGCACGAGGAUCUACUGGGCUCCUUGUCUCACCAGAUUGCCAUUCCUGUAGGGGCAGUUCUUGGCGUGUUGGUGUGCAUUUGUUGUACGAUCUCCAAAACGAAGUAUACCAGGCCCUACCCUUUCAGUCGUCGCAUUUGGCAGAUGUCCUCGGUGCUGUCAAUUUAUACAUGGUUACAGUUUCCAGUUUUGUACAAGAUCUGGCUUUACGUCCAUGACAACAAGUGGGAGUCCAGCUUUCAGCACCAUCUCCAGCAAAUGCUGUGGUUCACACUGGGUGGGUUUUUCUUUGGAUCUGACAUCCCACAGCGCUUCUUCCCAGGUUGGUUUGAUAUAAUUGGCCACAGCCAUCAGAUUUUCCACAUUUGCAUAUUGAUGACAACUUAUGAGCAGCUGAAUGCUCUGUACCUCGACAUGACGGAUGGAAUAGCUAACAUACGUCGGAUGGAGGCACCCACUUUCCUCAACACCUGGGGAAUUUUGGCCUGUGUCAUUCUGGCCAAUGCUGUCAUUGUUUGGUUAUUCCAUGUGUCUGUUCGCAACAAGCUAGACACACAGUGCGUAAACGGAGUGCAGAAACAAGCUGGCAAAGAGGAGUGUCAUGGAUGUGCUCUCAACAAUGGAGAAUGGCGGAAUUUGCACAGGACCUGUGAUGUGCCAGAUUUUCAGUCAGAGAUUUGCCCAAAAGUAAUUGUGAGUGGUGAUGGCAAUAGUAUACGACACAGAAAUGGCGCUGUUGUAGAGGAAAGCAAUGGCAUACACAUCUAG